UACAGCAACAAGUUAUCUCCACGCGUCUUGUGAACCGGUCGACCGAUCAGUUCAUCUGUAACCGUUCGCCGAUUGUGACUUGUUUGGAUUUGGCGUCUUAAUCUGCGCGUUGUGAAAUAAACACAAGAUCAUCUCAAACAACAUCAAAAUGGCAAAACUUAUGGUAGUUGCCCUGGCCCUUGCGCUGUGCGUCGUGCUUGUGAGUGCUUCUGGCGAUGAGUGUCCACUCGCGUCCAAAGUUGGCUCCUGCUCACCGACCUGCCUGACCGAUCGGGACUGUGCCGACAUCGGUGGCAAGUGCUGCUCCAACGCCUGCAAUCGCAAAUCCUGCGUCGAGCGAAGCAAACUGAAGCAGGGCAGCAACAAGUAUGGUUCCAACUCCGGUUCGGGCUCGUACUGUGGCAGCACCAAGUGCAACUCGUUCGAGAAGUGUGGCGUCGAUCCAUCCUCCAAGAAGCCAAAGUGUGUCCGUGCGUAAUGGAAGCGAGAAGCACGGGGUGGGGUGUGAAAUGAUUAGCUUAUAACAAGCAAAAUAAAUAAACUAUUAAAUUUUGAAGGCA